GGACUGCAGCGUGGGAAAGAGCAAGCAGGAACAGACCGCUGCAGCCUCCGCCGUCGUGCAGCGCUUGCCAGGCUCUGCGCUAAGCUGCAGACCACGAAGGGGAGGGGGAGGGGGGGAAAAGAGAAAAAGUGGUGGGUAUUUAUUUCUCAUUAGCCAGCCGUGUGCAUCCCCCCGGUUCGCAGAGAUGAAGCGACCUUGUGAGGAAACUACCUCAGACAGCGACAUGGAUGAGACUAUAGACGUGGGAAGCGAAAACAAUUACUCGGGGCAAAGUACAGGCUCUGUGAUUCGAUCAAAUUCUCCAACAACAACAUCUCAGAUUAUGGCCAGAAAGAAAAGAAGAGGGAUUAUAGAGAAAAGGCGUCGAGAUCGAAUAAAUAACAGUUUAUCUGAGUUGAGACGACUUGUGCCAACCGCUUUUGAAAAACAAGGAUCUGCAAAACUGGAAAAAGCAGAAAUAUUACAAAUGACAGUGGAUCAUUUGAAGAUGCUUCAAGCAACAGGAGGUAAAAGUUAUUUUGAUGCCCAUGCCCUUGCCAUGGAUUUUAUGAGCAUUGGAUUUCGAGAAUGCCUAACUGAAGUUGCAAGAUACUUGAGUUCAGUGGAAGGUCUGGACACAUCAGAUCCCCUGAGAGUUCGACUUGUGUCUCAUCUCAGUACCUGUGCCUCUCAGAGGGAGGCAGCUGCCAUGACUAGCUCCAUGGCCCACCACCAUCAUCACCCUUUACAUCCACAUCAUUGGACAGCUGCUUUUCACCAUCUUCCUACAGCCUUGCUUCAGCAAAAUGGACUCCAUGCCUCAGAAACCACACCUUGCCGGCUGUCUACAGCAUCAGAAGUGCCUCCCCCUUCCCAUGGCUCAGCUCUUCUCACAGCCACUUUUGCUCAUGCUGACUCUGCACUUCGAAUGCCUUCCACAGGCAGUGUGGCACCUUGUGUUCCACCUCUCUCUACUUCUCUCCUGUCUCUCUCUGCUACCGUCCAUGCUGCUGCUGCAGCAGCCACAGCAGCUGCUCACAGUUUCCCCCUUUCCUUUGCAGGGGCAUUCCCCAUGCUCCCACCAAAUGCAGCAGCUGCAGCAGUAGCAGCUGCAACAGCCAUCAGCCCACCUUUAUCUGUGUCAGCAACUUCCAGUCCCCAGCAGACAGGUAGUGGAACAAACAGUAAACCUUACCGACCCUGGGGGACAGAAGUUGGAGCUUUUUAGUACUCCCUGGAAUUUCUACUAGACUUUUGGCAGUAGUAACUGAAUGUCCUUCAUUUCAGAGUCAGUUCAAAGGCCUUCACCCUGAAGGUAGCAGCCAUGACAGAUGUCUGAAAAUCAACCAUGGAACAAAAAACACUGUUUUAGACACAGAUCUCACAAGAAGAAUAUUACCGUUUUUCUUCUUUGUUUUUGCUUUAGAUAUCUUGUUAACCAACGUCAGUGAGCUUUUGAAAAUGUCACACUCUUUUUUUACUAUUUGAAAGUUUAUGAGGGAAAUACACAGAUUCUAGAGAACAUCUUCCAGCUACACAUCUUCACGUUUGUGGGUUAGGAAAGAAAAUACUCCAUGGAAUUCUCCUGAGGCUGGAUGAAAACACACACAUAUACACACACACAUACACACACACACACACACACACACACACAAUUUAAAGUUUCUUAAGUGCCUCAAUUAUUAAAUAUUUUCUCCAUAAAGGAAUAACAUUGCACAAGAAAAGAAGGUAGAAAGUUAUGGGUUAAGAAAUGAGAAGGAAGGGAGUACUACAUUAGGCUACAGACAUUUGAUACAUUUCCAGAGAAGAGUGCACUGUUAAAACCAACAGAUUUAUUUAGCUAAAAGGGGUUGCUGAAAAAUAAUUUUCAAGUUGAAAGGCCUAGUUUUAUUUUACCUGGUUUACUUUGUAGAGACUUGCCAAGUGGUGACAUCUAGCAUAGCAUUGGUAUAAGCAAUUAUCCUAUCAGUGCUUGGAUUAACAGACAAUUCAGCACCACUUGCAAGCCUUCAGGCACUUUUUUUAAAAAUUGGCUUAAAAUAUGGUGUUUCUUUAUUAGUGCACCCAAGUAUGUAACUGCCUACUGAGUGCCCACUGGAGGAUAUAUGAUUCAUGCCAAUACAAAAAACUCCUUUGUAAGAUGUUAAAUUAACUUAUUUAGUUGCAUUUGGACUAUUUUUAUAUUAUAUAUAUAUAUAUUAUAUACUUUUCAUUGCCUCCUGAUAACAUGCAAAAUCUUUCUGUCACCUAUGAGGAAGAUUGUAAUUUCUAGGGACAAAAGAGGAUGAGAUGGAUAAGGAGCAUUAGGAAAAGAAAAGGCACUAUUUUUUUAAGUUGCUCUUUCCCAAAUUCACAGAUUUCAUUUGAUUACAAACCAAGAUGAAUGUAUUCAAUGUGAUGCCAGUAAAUUAUUUUAUGUCCAUACCCAAACAAAUAGUGCUACACAAUGAUGUUUUGAUUUGUUUUUUUGUUUUUGUUUUAUGACAUAAAAUAAUCUCUCAAUACAUUGAAUCAAGCACGUGAGAUUUUAUGUUUUGGAAAAUAAAGACACAGCAUGUAUUAUGCACUUGAUUUCUCUGCUGUGUGGAGAAAGCAAUAAACAUUAUGAGAAUGUUAAACAUUAUGCAAAAUAUACUUUAAAAUAUUUGUUUUAAAAAUACUGUACCUAGUCUUGGUUUUUGCAUUACUUUGUAACUUUUUUCUAUGCAAAGUCUUUACAUAUCACUAAUUAAAUGAAUUCCUUUUUUUGACUGUU